AUGGCGGCGGAGUCUAUUCCUCCCUCUACGGAGAUGGUGGUCUCUCUCGGGGCUCUUGGCGCCCCAUGCGGGCAGGGCAACACUUUCUGUGUCACAUAUGGCUCACGGGUGCUAACAAUCGACACCGAGGCAGACUACCGGAAGCACCGACCUCUCCCUCUCCACACGCCCACAACAUGGCAGAAUCACAUGUCACUCCACAACCUCAA